AUAUCCAUCUACUAGAACUUUCUCCGCUUCUCCUCCUUAUAUGUAUCUUGCCUUCCACCACUUCCCUCACUCCUGGCUUGUGCUCUGCUCGUGCCACUAGGGUUUAAUCCAAUACCUCCAUUUCUUCAUUAAGAUUUCAAGGAUCGUUAAGCUAUGGGAAAGUCUUACCCUACCGUAAGCGCCGAGUACCAGAAGGCCGUUGACAAGGCCAAGAAGAAGCUUAGAGGUUUCGUCGCAGAGAAGAGAUGUGCUCCUUUAAUGCUCCGUUUAGCAUGGCACUCGGCCGGUACUUAUGACGUGAAGACAAAAUCCGGCGGUCCUUUUGGAACCAUCAAACACCCGUCUGAACUGGCUCACGCUGCUAACAGUGGGCUUGACAUCGCUGUCAGGCUGUUGGAGCCACUUAAGGAGCAGUUCCCUACAUUGAGCCACGCUGAUUUCUAUCAGUUGGCUGGUGUCGUUGCCGUUGAGGUCACUGGUGGACCUGAAAUCCCUUUCCACCCUGGUAGAGAGGACAAGCCUAAGCCACCACCUGAGGGUCGCUUGCCUGAUGCGACAAAGGGUUCAGACCAUUUGAGGGAUGUGUUUGGCAAAGCCAUGGGGCUUAGCGACCAGGAUAUUGUUGCUCUAUCUGGUGGUCACACUCUUGGAGCGGCACACAAGGAGCGUUCUGGAUUUGAGGGUCCCUGGACCACGAAUCCUCUCAUUUUCGACAACUCAUAUUUCAAGGAGCUGUUGACUGGUGAGAAGGAAGGCCUCCUUCAACUUCCUUCUGACAAGGCACUUUUGACUGACCCUGCAUUCCGCCCUCUUGUUGACAAAUAUGCCGCGGAUGAAGAUGGUUUCUUUGCGGAUUACGCAGAGGCUCACCUAAAGCUUUCUGAGCUUGGGUUUGCUGAAGCCUAAGCAACGUUUAGGGGUGUCAGAGGGGCACGGUGCCCAUACUCUUUCUCUCAUAAAUUUCUUAGACAUGGUUUUUGAUGCCAACGUGGGUUCGUCAGAUUUGGGAUAGCUUUUAAAUGCAUUUUGCUGAACUGAAUAGGAGGUUUCGUUGCUUUUAUUUGUGGUUGAUAAUCCUCUCUUGUGAAAUAACAUUGUUCAGUGUUAAUGAUCAACUAUUUCGGUUUAUUUGGUACCCUCUUCGUUUUCCCGGUUAAUUAUCGUAUUUUGUUUGUAUUGCCAUUUACUUUUUUUAUAUGCCGUUUUAGAUCAUAUCAAGCUCUUUUUCUAAUUAUUGAUUUUUUAAU